AUGAUGCUUCGUCAGGCAGCAAGAGCAGGGGCCCAAUCCGGAACCAUCAUGACCCUGGCGGAUAUGGGAACCCAGCUGUUUGUGGAGGGCGAGACCAAGGACGAGUAUUCGGUGGAACGAACCUUGCGAUGGACCGUUGUUGGUUUGACUCUGCAUGGUCCCUACUUUUUGGCUGGCUUCUCCAUGCUGGACAAGCAGUUUGGAGCUGCUACCUCACUGCGAAUUGUGGCAAUGAAGACGGCGACAGCGCAAAUUGUUGUCUUUCCGCCUUACUUGGUGGCACUCUUUGGGGCCAUGGGAUACAUGGAAGGGCAUCCUGACAUUGCAGAGAAAAUUCACACACAAGUGCCAAAAGCAUUCACGGCGGGCUGUGUAUUUUGGCCCAUCGCCAAUGUCGUCAAUUUUACGUUUGUUCCUCCAGCUCUGAGAGUGCCCUAUCUUGCUUGCUCCGCUGGUGUUUGGAAUUCCUAUUUGAGUUGGACAAAUUCGAAAUCCAAUGAAAUAGGGCGACAAGAGAAAGGCAGAUGA